AUGCUUCGAUCGGUACGAGCUACUGCCGGCCUGCUGCCGAGGAGGACAGCUCCGAGAGUCGCCCUGGCUUGCACAUGCAAUUACUCCUCAUCUGCGGCCUCGCCCGCCGCCUCGCCAUAUACUCCCUUCUCCAAGCCCGCCGCGCUGCCCUCCACCUACGCCCUCCGCGCCCAGAGAAACUUCCACGCAACCUCGUUAAGGAUGGGCAACACCAGGACCGAGAGCGACGCCUUUGGCGAGAUCCAGGUCCCCGCCGACAAGUACUGGGGCGCCCAGACGGAGCGCUCCCUCGAGAACUUCAAGAUCAACCAGCCCCAGGACCGCAUGCCCCCGCCCAUCGUCAAGGCCUUCGGUAUCCUGAAGGGCGCCGCUGCCACCGUCAACAUGCGCUAUGGCCUCGAUGAGAAGAUCGGCCAGGCUAUCCAGCAGGCCGCCAAGGAGGUCGCCGACCUCAAGCUGCUCGACCACUUCCCCCUCGUCGUCUGGCAGACGGGCUCCGGCACCCAGUCCAACAUGAACGCCAACGAGGUCAUCUCCAACCGCGCCAUCGAGAUCCUCGGCGGCACCAUGGGCAGCAAGAAGCCCGUCCACCCCAACGACCACGUCAACCGCUCCGCCUCGUCCAACGACACCUUCCCCACCGUCAUGCACAUCGCCGCCGUGCUCGAGUUCGAGGACAGCCUCCUGCCCGCCAUCCGCUCCCUCCGCGACGCCCUCCAGAAGAAGGUCGACGACUUCGAGGCCAAGAAGAUCAUCAAGAUCGGCCGCACCCACCUGCAGGACGCCACCCCCCUGACCCUGGCCCAGGAGUUCUCGGGCUACGUCGCCCAGCUGGACAUGGGCAUCAAGCGCGUCGAGAGCUCGCUGCCCGACCUGCGCCUGCUGGCCCAGGGCGGCACCGCCGUCGGCACCGGCAUCAACACCUUCCAGGGCUUCGCCGAGGGCAUCGCCGAGGAGGUCAGCAAGAUGACCGGCAAGGAGUUCUCGACGGCCCCCAACAAGUUCGAGGCCCUCGCCGCCCACGACGCCAUCGUCCAGGCCCACGGCUCGCUCAACACCCUGGCCGCCUCGCUCACCAAGAUCGCCCAGGACAUCCGCUACCUCGGCAGCGGCCCCCGCUGCGGCCUCGGCGAGCUGAACCUGCCCGAGAACGAGCCCGGCUCCUCCAUCAUGCCCGGCAAGGUCAACCCCACCCAGUGCGAGGCCCUGACCAUGGUCUGCGCCCAGGUCAUGGGCAACCACGUCGCCACCACCAUCGGCGGCAUGAACGGCCAGUUCGAGCUCAACGUCUACAAGCCCCUGGUCAUCCGCAACCUGCUGCACAGCAGUCGCCUGCUGGCCGACGGCAUGACGUCCUUUGAGAAGAACCUCGUGGCCGGCCUGCAGGCCAACGAGGAGAAGAUUGCCAACAUCAUGAAGGAGUCCCUCAUGCUGGUCACCUGCCUGAACCCCAAGAUCGGCUACGACAUGGCGAGCAAGGUCGCCAAGAACGCCCACAAGAAGGGCCUCACCCUCAAGGAGAGCGCCAUGGAGCUGAACGCCCUCAGCGAGGCCGACUUUGACAGCCUCGUCAAGCCCGAGCUCAUGGUUGGCCCGUCGGCCUACAAGGGCUAA